AAAAAAUUGUGAAGUUGCUGUUGAGCUCAUUUACUCGGAAGGCUGAGCAGCGCAGCAGCAACUCAACUCUCAUUUCUACAAAGGAUCAUCCCAUUGAGUUUCAAUUUCUAGUGCUGGCUGCGAAGCUUGAAAGAUGGAUCUCAAUUUCACUGAGAGCGCAAAGGAUCUCUACGACCAAGUUGAGUUCAAGACGGACUCCAUCUACAACUGGCCUCCACCCGAUCCGUUCAUCACCUUUUCCAUUGGCGGCGCCUUUUCGCUGCUAGCAUUUGUCCUAUGGGUUCGCCGAGUACGAGUGCUUUAUCAGAACUUGAAAGUCAAAGACUAUUCCAAAGGAACCAUACGACUGCGAUGCUGGCUCACAGCUUACAUUGAAAAUGAUUGCGCUCUUUUCACCUGCGUCCGCAUGGCGGCGCAAUCAUUCCUCUUUUUGGCUGGCAUUCAAUUGAACUAUACAGGAGCCUUCUUUGGUAUUCUGGGAGUCUUUACCGUGGAAAGCUUUUGCGAUCCCUUGCGAGUGCUGCUGUGCUUUCGAGAAGCCGUUUUCAUUGAUGAUCUCGUCGUGACAAGCAAGUUUCUUCGAGCGGAUCUUCGAAAGCACCCACUCACAACCACCCUGCAGCCGCACAAUGUCUACGAAGACUUGACUCGCGAUUCCUUCAUUGUCGGCAUGGUCUUUGCCACACAAGUCCUCCUCAUUGGAUUUGUGCUUAUAGAUUUGUUUUCUACACACACACACUAUUGCUUGGAUGGCUCUUCUGGAUGUCCCGUGGGUGGUACACUGGGCUCGUGGGCAUUUUAUGUCCUUGGAAUAUUCCAGGCUUGCGUGUUUCUGCUGGGCCCAAAGUCAAAUUUUGGGCAAAGCGAACAGAACGCUGCCUAUUGGAUUCAAUUGCUCCUCACCACCAAGCAAUCACCCACCUACACAUGGUAUGAUACGAUCGAUGCGGAAACCAAGUUCUUGAAGGUGAAAUCAUCCGAAUGGAAGCAUUGGAUUCGAUUCUACAUGAGCUUUCUGAUCAACGGGGUGGGCUUCCACAUUUUGGUUCACGCCUUGCCCAUUCAAAUAGCGAGUCAGAGCAGUUUGGUUGGGGUUGUGUUUCGUGCCGUGGGAAUGAUUUACCUGGUCAAUCUGGAUGAUUCGAAGGGUUAUGUCAUGGCGAUUGUGCCAGAUGACGACGAUCUGCAGUCUGCAACAUUGCAAGAUGAAGUCACAGAUGACUUGGACGACGCGAGUGUGGGAUCGGUCGGAUCUGUUGCAUCUUUUUAUCGUUUCUUCUCUGGCAACCACAAUGGCGACAACGACGUCAGUGUGCCCGUGCAAGCGCAAAAGAUCAUUGCCAAAGCUCAAGCAAAGCUGGAUGCCUUGCAAUCCAAGGCGAGGCCGCGGAGGAGAAGACGACGACAACAUUCCAACAAGAGCAAGUCAUCCGCGUCUUCAAGAGGACAAGUUUAGUUGGCUUUGACACUCGCGCAUUUCCAGUUGGCAGCCUCUUCCUUUUCAAGUUUUAUCAGCUCUGUAGCAGCGAGAUGCAUCCAAGUCGGAUGCCCACGCUAGCAUUACAUGUAGCAGGUUGACUGAGACACUUUGUAGUUUCCACAAAUAUGCCUUCUGGCAACAGCUUGCACUGUUGUUUGCCAUAUCUUGUUUUGUAAUACUGUUGACUGAGCCAGUACCGUACCUGUACAUCAGCAGGCCCCCCACUUAAUUAAAGUUUCAACGACGAGUGCUUUGGCAAGUCUCAUUUCCGUGCACUACUCCAUGCAGCUACUCGACAUUGUUUCCCUUGUUCCGGGG